AUGUCACCUCCGCCUGUUACAGCAAUUUUCCCUGCCGUUUGUGGGGGAUGGAAGGAAGUGGACCUGGAGGACUACGUCAACAGACCCGAGAAGGUUAGCGCGGCUGACAUCUCCGCCAUCGCGCAGGAGGCCGGGCUACAGGCGGUGCGCAAGAACCGAUACGUGGUGCUCGGCAAGGAUCUGGACAAGGCCUACAAGAAGCACGUCAACAAGCACGACACCGAGCACGCCUUCUACUCCAUGUAAAACUCCUUCCACGCCUAGUGUAGAACCUUUGAGCCAUCAUCGUUUGGUGGGG